AAACUAAAAUAACCUAAAAAAACUUUCUUCAGUAAGAUGGAUCCUUGGAAUAAUUCUUAUUCGAAUUCGCCCACUGAGUGUGCUCAAAAGAAUUUCGAGGAUGAUUUCCAACCAAAAAUAUUCGAGAAAUUACCCGAUUCAGAUCAAUAUCUAGCUUCGUUAGAGGCUAAAUUGCAUAAAAUCAAAACUGAUCAGGACGUUAUAAAACAAUUGCAACAAAAACGAGAGGAAUGCAUGAAUCAACUAUUAAAUAAUACUCAAUAUUCCGAAGAUGUGGAUCUCGAGCUGGAUGAACCCAUUGAAAGUUCAACCGUUUUAAGGGCGAUUACGCCACAAAAACAAGCUUUAACGCAAGGAGAGAUUGUUGAAUUGGUUAAAUACGAUCAAUUGAAAGAGGACGAUUCCGAAGUAGAAGAAGAUAAUAAACUUGAAUAAACAGGAGUUAUUUUUAAGAUAAAUUAUGACACCAGUUACUUUUAGAUUAUAUAUUUACGUAUAUUAACCGAUUAAAUAAUAGUUAUUUAAAUAUUCCGCGAUAAUAAUUUAAUAGUAUAGUUAGUUUUUGUAUCGAUAGAUGUCGCGUUAAUUUUUUUAUUGACAUAAAAACAUAACCUAAAAAAUUUCUUUCAAUAUUUCGUUUAUCAAUUUAUUGUUUUGAUUUGAAGCGAAUAUGAUUUAGAGUAUAAAUGGCAGAGCCGUUACUGUUCUUGUUAAAAUUAGCGUGGGAAUCUCGAUAUAGGAUCCCUUUAAUCAUUACCAUAGGGUUUAUGGCUUUGGAUAUACGAAUGCAAUUUGAAAUUAACGUGCAAAUGAGGCGGAUAAGAAGAGCUAGGACUCCACCACCGGAUAACUCGCAAAACGAAGGAGAUGACUCCGAGUCUGAAGAUGACUCUGAUUCCUGGAUGACCAUCGAUGAGGAGGAAGAAAUCGGACAAGUUAAUGCAACCACAUAAUUAAACUAUUUUGUUGUUUAUUUCUUUUCGUUUAUAAUAAAAAAAUUAAAAAUUAA